AUUAUUACCGAUUGGAUCGGGGGAUAAAAAGAUCCAAGCUUAUAAUUUUCGGAUGUGCCUCACCAACGACACCAGGAUUAGGAUAAAUAUUACUAAACCAGACGGUUAUGAUCCAGCUAUUUUUGAACUGUACCUGCGCGAUCUAUUAGCUAAAGGUCAUCAUAAUAAGACAUCCGAUUUGAAUGCACCAGGACCACAACUGCCUGGGUACUCGCCAAUGCCUCACAAUAAAUCUGAUUAUAACAUGGGUGAUUAUGUUGGUAUGAAUCACGAUUACGCGAACGCAAGUUACGAAGUAAGACAAAAGAUAUUUAACCAGCACAAAACCUAUAGUCUGGGACUAAUAUACUUCAUGCAAAAUGACCCUCGUAUGCCAAAAGUGACCAAGAGCCAUAUGGUGGGCUGGGGUCUGAAAGUUACGAAUCUGGGACUAAUAUACUUCAUGCAAAAUGACCCUCGUAUGCCAAAAGUGACCAAGAGCCAUAUGGUGGGCUGGGGUCUGCCUAACGACGAGUUUGUGGACACAGAUCACUGGACACCCGCCCUAUACGUACGGGAGGCCAGGCGUAUGAUUGGCACAUACAUUAUGACUGAAAAUAAUGUGGUCAAUAAGACCCGGGUCACUGAUGGCAUAGCAACCGGCUCGUACAGCUUGGACUCCCAUAGCACUCAGAAUAUUGUGUGGAAAGGUAUGGUUAAGAAUGAGGGCUGUGUGUCCACUGCCGAGGGCGUACAUCCCUACCCCAUAUCCUAUCAGUCAAUGACACCGAAGCACAUGGAGGCCCAUAACGUGUUGGUGCCCGUGUGUCUGUCGGCUAGUCAUAUAGCUUAUGGGUCUAUACGUAUGGAACCGGUGUUUAUGAUGUUGGGCGAGGCUGCCGGUGCUGCCGCACAUUUGGCCCUCGAUGAGGACGUUAUGGUACAUAGGGAUGCUAAGUAA